GGGAAGUGCGCGCGGCGGCGCAGCGUGGUGGCCUGGACGCUCUGCCCGCGCUCGCUCGCUUUCUAGCUCGCGGGGCGAGGGUGUCCGGCCGCCCGUCCCGGCGGGGACCGGGAGUCCCCCGCCUCUGCCUCCUGCGUCGGGACCCGGAGACACCCCCGCCUCGGCCUUCUGCGGGCCCCGGCGCACCAUGGCCCGCGCGGCGCGGCCCCGCCUCGGGCUGCUGUGCCUGGCCGCGUGCGCGCUGCUGGGCGCGGGGACCGAGGCCGACUUCUCCGUCCUGGAAGAGGCGCGCGUGCUGGCCGGCCAGAUGCGCAGGCUGGCGGCCGAGGAGCUAGGGGUCGUCACCAUGCAGCGCAUAUUCAACUCCUUUGUUUACACGGAGAAAGUCUCCAACGGAGAAAGUGAAGUUCAGCAGCUGGCCAAAAAGAUCCGUGAGAAGUUCAACCGGUACUUGGACGUGGUCAGUCGCAACAAGCAAGUCGUGGAAGCGUCCUACACGGCACACCUGACGUCGCCGCUGACUGCCAUCCAGGACUGCUGCACCAUCCCGCCCUCCAUGAUGGAAUUCGAUGGGAACUUUAAUACCAAUGUAUCUAGAACAAUUAGUUGUGAUCGACUGUCUACAGCUGUUAAUAGCCGGGCCUUCAAUCCUGGACGAGACUUAAAUUCAGUUCUCGCAGACAACCUGAAAUCCAACCCCGGGAUCAAGUGGCAGUAUUUCAGCUCGGAAGAAGGGAUUUUCACUGUGUUCCCAGCACACAAGUUCCGGUGUAAGGGCAGCUAUGAGCACCGCAGUAGACCCAUCUAUGUCUCCACCGUGCGGCCACAGUCCAAGCACAUCGUGGUGAUGCUGGACCAUGGCUCCUCGGUCACCGACACGCAGCUGCAGAUCGCCAGGGACGCUGCGCAGGUCAUUCUCCGAGCCAUCGACGAGCACGACAAGAUUUCCGUGUUGACCGUGGCAGACACCAUCAGGACCUGCUCGCUGGACCAGUGCUAUAAGACCUUCCUGUCCCCGGCCACCAGUGAGACCAAAAGGAAAAUGUCCACCUUCGUGGGCAGCGUCAAGGCCUCAGACAGCCCCACGCAGCACGCGGCGGGGUUUCAGAAGGCGUUCCAGCUGACCCGAAGCACCAACAAUAACACCAGGUUCCAAGCAAACACGGACAUGGUCAUCAUCUACCUGUCAGCCGGCGUCACAUCAAAGGACUCUUCGGAGGAAGAUAAAAAGGCAACACUCCGAGUCAUCAAUGAGGAAAAUAGCUUUCUGAACAACUCUGUGAUGAUCCUCACCUACGCCCUCAUGAACGAUGGGGUGACCGGUCUGAAGGAGUUGGCUUUCCUGCGGGACCUGGCCGAGCAGAACUCGGGGAAGUACGGGGUGCCUGACCGCAGCGCCCUGCCCGUGACGAAGGGCAGCAUGAUGGUGCUGAACCAGCUGAGUAACCUGGAGACCACAGUGGGCAGGUUCUACACCAACCUUCCCAACCGCAUGAUCGACGAGGCCGUCUUCAGCCUCCCCUUCUCCGAUGAGAUGGGAGAUGGUUUAAUAAUGACCGUGAGUAAGCCCUGUUACUUUGGAAACCUCCUGCUGGGGAUCGUGGGGGUGGAUGUGAAUCUGGCCUACAUCCUUGAAGACGUGACCUAUUACCAAGACUCCCUGGCAUCCUACACAUUCCUCAUAGACGACAAAGGCUACACGCUGAUGCACCCGUCUCUCAGCAGGCCGUACCUACUGUCCGAGCCUCCCCUCCACACAGACAUCAUCCACUAUGAAAACAUCCCUAAAUUUGAGUUGGUUCGGCAAAAUAUCCUCAGCCUCCCCCUGGGCAGCCAGACCAUCUCGGUCCCGGUGAACUCCUCGCUGUCCUGGCACAUCAACAAGCUGCGGGAGGCGGGGAAGGAGGCCUACAACGUCAGCUACGCCUGGAAGAUGGUCCAAGACACAUCCUUUAUUCUGUGCAUUGUGGUGAUACAACCGGAAAUACCUGUCAAACAGCUGAAGAACCUCAACACCGUGCCCAGCAGCAAGCUGCUGUACCACCGCCUGGACCUGCUGGGCCAGCCGAGCGCUUGCCUCCACUUCAAGCAGCUGGCCACCCUCGAGAGUCCCACCGUCAUGCUCUCGGCUGGCAGCUUUUCGUCCCCCUAUGAGCACCUCAGCCAGCCUGAGACCAAGCGCAUGGUGGAGCACUACACCGCCUACCUGAGCGACAACACCCGCCUCAUUGCCAACCCGGGGCUCAAGUUCUCUGUCCGAAAUGAAGUAAUGGCGACCAGCCACGUCCCAGAUGAAUGGAUGGCACAAAUGGAAAUGAGCAGUCUGAGCACUUACAUUGUCCGCCGUUACAUAGCAACACCGAACGGCGUCCUCAGAAUUUACCCUGGCUCCCUCAUGGACAAAGCCUUCGAUCCCACUCGGAGACAGUGGUAUCUCCAUGCAGUGGCGAACCCAGGGUUGAUUUCGCUGACUGGCCCUUACCUGGAUGUCGGAGGAGCCGGCUAUGUCGUGACUAUCAGCCACACAAUUCAUUCCUCCAGCACGCAGCUGUCUUCCGGGCACACUGUGGCGGUGAUGGGCAUUGAUUUCACACUUAGAUACUUCUACAAGGUUCUCAUGGACCUCUUGCCGGUCUGUAACCAAGAUGGAGGCAACAAAAUAAGAUGCUUCAUCAUGGAGGACAGGGGCUACCUGGUGGCACACCCGACUCUCAUCGACCCCAAGGGACACGCGCCAGUGGAGCAGCAGCACAUCACACACAAGGAGCCCCUGGUGGCCAACGACAUCCUGAACCACCCCAACUUCGUGAAGAAGAACCUGUGCAACAGCUUCAGCGACCGCACCGUGCAGAGGUUCUACAAGUUCAACACCAGCCUCGUGGGGGACCUGACCAACCUCGUGCACGGCAGCCACUGCUCCAAGUACAGACUGGCGAGGAUCCCGGGCACCAACGCAUUCGUCGGCAUCGUCAACGAGACGUGUGACUCACUUGCCUUCUGUGCCUGUAGCAUGGUGGACCGGCUCUGCCUCAACUGCCACCGGAUGGAACAAAACGAAUGCGAAUGUCCGUGUGAGUGCCCCCUAGAGGUCAACGAGUGUACUGGCAACCUCACCCACGCGGAGAGCCGGAAUCCGAGCUGUGAGGUCCACCAGGAGCCGGUGACAUACACAGCCAUCGACCCCAGCCUGCAGGAUGCCCUGCACCAGUGUGUCAACAGCAGGUGCAGCCAGAGGCUGGAGAGCGGGGACUGCUUCGGGGUGCUGGACUGCGAGUGGUGUGUGGUGGACAGCGACGGCAAGACCCAGCUGGACAGGUCCUACUGCGCCCCGCAGAAGGAGUGCUUCGGGGGCAUCGUGGGGGCCAAGAGCCCGUACAGGAACGACAUGGGAGCCAUAGGUGACGAGGUGAUCACGCUGAACAUGAUCAAGAGCGCACCCGUGGGGCCCGUGGCCGGGGGCAUCAUGGGCUGCAUCAUGGUGCUGGUCCUGGCCGUGUACGCCUACCGCCACCAGAUCCACCGCCGCAGCCACCAGCACAUGUCGCCUCUGGCGGCCCAAGAAAUGUCAGUGCGUAUGUCCAACCUGGAGAACGACAGAGAUGAAAGAGACGAUGACAGUCACGAGGACCGAGGGAUCAUCAGCAACACACGCUUCAUAGCCGCCGUCAUGGAGCGCCACGCACACAGCCCCGAGAGGAGGCGGCGCUACUGGGGCCGGUCGGGGACAGAAAGUGACCACGGCUACAGCACCAUGAGCCCCCAGGAGGACAGCGAGAAUCCGCCCUGCAGCAGCGACCCCUUGUCCGCCGGUGUGGACGUCGGCAACCACGAUGAAGAGCUGGACAUGGACGCCCCGCCGCAGACCGCAGCGCUGCUGAGCCACAAGCCCCACCACUGCCGCCCGCACCACGCGCCCCUGCACCACAGCCACCACCUGCAGGCGGCCGUGACAGUUCACAGCGUGGACGCCGAGUGCUGACCUCGGCGGGCGCGGGGUCAGGCCGCCGCGGGAGACCCCGAACCCGUGCCAGCGCAUGUGCUGGGGACUCACUUCUGCCUGUGCACACGUGCUGUCGGGGAGAGGACAGAGCCCCGCGGGGGAGGGCGCCGAGCUGGCCUAUCGGGCCCCUCAGACAGAGCCGGGGCUAGGUGAGGAUGAGGCAGGCAGUGUCCAGGAGCCAGCGCGGCCCUCAACCAGAAGAGGGCACGAGUCCCAGCCCGAGAGCAGCACUGGCCGGUGACCGCCGGAGCCGUGUGUCCCUCCACCGCUGUGUGGGACUCACACCCAGCCGCGACGACGAUGCAUCUCAGAAUUUCUAAGUAAAGGAUUAUUUUUCUACUAUUUAUUGAACUUUUCAAACACUCGGACUUCGGGGCAAAGGCAAGGAAACAGGCGAGAUGUCCACAGCGGUGCCACUGUUGUGUGUGCCGAGCAGGCCUGUGCUUCGGGUUUCCGCUUCUUAUUUAAGUCGUCCUCAGCCGCUGCUCCACAGAGUGGAGAUGCAGAAAGCUCGCUGUCUGACUUGUCCUGAGUUCCCCGGAAACGAUCCAUAACGCAGUGCUGUUCUCGGAGCCGGGCCGAGGGAGGAGUCCCAGCAGUCUGAAGAGAUGUCCCGCUUCUUUGUCCUUUGUCCACACUUCCCAUUCUCGCCCUCUUAGGUUUCAGCAAAAUGUAAACCCCAGCCCCAGCCUUCCCCUAAGGGGGGUUGGAUUUAUUCUCCUUGUUUUAAAGACGAGGCGUUUUAAAAUGUCCCGUUUCUGAGGAUUGAACACAAAAGGGAAGGUGUUUUAAAAUUGUUAAAUUUGGGUUCUUAAUUAAAGAUUUCUUUUGAAAUCAUAGUGAAAAGCUGCUGCCAGGUAUCCAGGAAGUCAUCCACCAAACUGCUUCCGGCUCAGGCAAGGACCAACCACAUCUGGCUGCCGCGCCCUGGCACUGAUUUUAAAGUAGUUUCUGAUUACAGUGAUGUGCUCUAUAUUCACAUCUUGUGACUCAAAUAUGUUAUAAAGACAUUCUUGCACCGUGCGUGUGGUAAACCUCCAUUUAUAUGUAGUUGGGGAAAAAAAUUCACUGAAUAAUGUUUUAAUGAUAGGGUAUUAUGAUAUAAUGUAAAAAACUGGUCCUUGAGCAGUACAGGACGUGAUCUAUGUAUGUGCUCUCCGGAAACCCCUCCUACUGUGUAUAAAACUGCAGUCUAGUGGAAUAAACUGUAUGCAGCAGUCAGUUGCAGUGUGA